AACGCAAGUGCUUGAUUGACAGGAUGGAAAUGGUGCUGGUGGUGGGGAGGGGGGAUUAAAGCGCGUAGGGUGGGGAUUUAUCGGACAUUCAUGGCAACCACGAUGGAAAAAAACCGCAUCAGUUUGCAUGUUUAGAUGUUUAAAGCAUCUUGGAUAAUAGUCUUCGAAAUAACUAGUAUGGUUUUCAGUAAUAGAUUUGAGUAAUAUAGUGCGUGGGUAUUUCUAGACCCGGACUUUCUCCCCUCGUCUACAGCACUUGGUUUCGUCCACACUUGGUUGGUGAAUUUGGUUCAGCGUGUAUGGCAUCGCAUUCAUUCAACUGAACGCGAAAGUGCACCGGUCCACGCCACCGUCUGCUGUCAAUGGCUUUCCGGGCUUGUUUUAUUUGAAUAGCUGGAUUUUUUUUUUUUUUUAAACAAUUUCGCCCUGAAAACCAAUAAUGGAUAUCCUAUGGAUUUUAUGGAUACUACCCACCGCACUGGCUCUUGAAGAAACCUUAAUGGAUUCCACGACAGCAACAGCUGAGCUGGGAUGGACGGUAUUUCCUGUAUCGGGCACCAGUGAGAACAGUUGGGAAGAGGUCAGCGGGUACGACGAGAACAUGAACACUAUUCGCACCUACCAAGUGUGCAAUGUCUUUGAUGCUAACCAGAACAACUGGGUUCGCACCAAGUACAUCCACCGGCGAGGAGCUCAGCGCAUCCAUGUGGAGAUGAAGUUCUCAGUGCGGGACUGUAGCAGCAUCCCCCGGGUACCAGGUUCCUGCAAGGAGACCUUCAACCUGUACUACUAUGAAUCGGAUGGAGACACUGCCUCUAAAGUGUACCCUCCAUGGAUGGAGAACCCAUGGAUCAAGGUGGACACCAUUGCUGCUGAUGAAAGCUUCUCACAGGUGGACUUGGGCGGACGCGUGAUGAAGAUCAACACAGAGGUGCGCAGCUUCGGGCCCGUCUCACGUAAUGGUUUCUACUUGGCCUUCCAGGAUUACGGCGGCUGCAUGUCACUCAUCGCCGUCCGCGUCUUCUACCGUAAAUGCCCACGGGUCAUCAGGAAUGGCGCCAUUUUCCAAGAGACUCUUUCAGGGGCUGAAAGUACUUCCCUGGUAGCAGCAAGGGGAGUGUGCAUCCCCAAUGCAGAGGAAGUUGAUGUACCUAUCAAACUCUACUGUAAUGGAGAUGGCGAGUGGAUGGUGCCCAUCGGUCGGUGCAUGUGUAAGGCUGGCCAUGAACCUGUGGACAAUGGCACUGUUUGUCGAGCAUGCCAGUCGGGUUUCUUCAAGCCAGCGCAGGGCGAUGAGGCGUGUCUGCCAUGUCCCAUCAACAGCCGCACCACCAACGACGGUGCUACCAACUGCGUGUGCCGCAACAACUACUACCGCACCGACUCGGACCCCAUCCAGAUGCCCUGCACAACUGUACCAUCGGCUCCGCUGAACGUGAUCUCCAAUGUGAACGAGACGUCACUGAGGCUGGAAUGGAGUCCUCCGCGUGAGAGUGGCGGGCGCGGUGAUGUCGUUUACAAUGUGAUCUGUAAGAGCUGCGGUGGCAGAGGCUGUACACGAUGCGGGGACAACGUUCAGUUCACACCACGCCAGCUGGGCCUCACCAACACAUGGGUCUACAUCAGUGACCUGCUAGCUCACACACAGUACACUUUUGAAGUGCAGGCUGUCAAUGGAGUUUCAGACCAGAGCCCACACUCACCCCAAUACGUGUCUGUCAACAUAACAACCAACCAGGCUGCUCCGUCCACGGUUUCCAUAAUUCACCAGGUUAGCCGUACCGUGGAUAGCAUCACUCUGUCCUGGUCGCAACCGGAUCAACCCAACGGAGUCAUUCUAGACUACGAGCUGCAGUACUACGAGAAGGAUCAGACCGAGCAUAACUCAUCCAUUGUGAGGAGUCAGACCAACACUGCCAUCAUCCGCGGCCUCAAGCCAGGAGGAAUUUACGUGUUCCAAGUGCGGGCACGUACCGUUGCCGGGUUCGGACGAUACAGUGGGAAGAUGUACUUCCAGACCAUGACAGAGGAGGAAUACAACACCAGCAUACAGGAGAAACUGCCUCUCAUCAUUGGUUCAGCAGCUGCUGGGCUAGUCUUCCUCAUUGCUCUGGUGGUCAUCAUCAUUGUGUGUAACCGCAGGCGUGGCUUUGAGAGAGCAGAUUCAGAAUACACAGACAAGCUGCAGCACUACACCAGCGGCCACAUGUCACCAGGAAUGAAGAUCUACAUUGAUCCGUUUACCUAUGAAGAUCCCAAUGAAGCAGUAAGAGAGUUUGCCAAAGAAAUUGACAUCUCAUGUGUGAAGAUUGAGCAGGUCAUCGGAGCAGGUGAGUUUGGGGAGGUGUGCAGUGGCAACCUGAAGCUCCCAGGAAAGAGGGAGAUGUUUGUCGCCAUUAAGACACUGAAGUCGGGCUACACCGAGAAGCAGAGGCGGGACUUUCUGAGCGAGGCCAGCAUCAUGGGACAAUUUGACCACCCUAAUGUCAUACAUCUGGAAGGAGUGGUGACCAAAAGCAGCCCCGUGAUGAUCAUCACUGAGUUUAUGGAGAACGGCUCACUGGACUCUUUCCUUAGGCAAAACGAUGGGCAGUUCACUGUGAUCCAGCUCGUAGGCAUGCUCCGUGGUAUUGCCUCGGGAAUGAAGUAUCUCGCUGAUAUGAAUUACGUGCACCGUGACCUGGCAGCCCGGAACAUCCUGGUUAACAGCAACCUGGUGUGCAAGGUGUCAGACUUUGGGCUCUCACGCUUCCUGGAGGAUGACACAUCUGACCCCACCUACACCAGUGCUCUGGGUGGGAAAAUCCCCAUCCGCUGGACUGCACCAGAAGCCAUCCAGUACAGGAAAUUCACCUCAGCCAGUGACGUAUGGAGUUACGGCAUCGUCAUGUGGGAGGUGAUGUCCUACGGAGAGAGGCCAUACUGGGACAUGACCAAUCAGGAUGUGAUCAAUGCUAUUGAGCAGGAUUACAGGCUGCCUCCACCUAUGGACUGCCCCAGUGCCCUGCACCAGCUCAUGCUCGAUUGCUGGCAGAAGGACCGCAAUAAUCGUCCCAAAUUCAGCCAGAUUGUUAACAAUCUGGACAAGAUGAUCCGUAACCCCAACAUGCUGAAGGCCAUGACACCUCUUUCUUCAGGUGUGCACUUGCCCUUGCUGGACCGCAGCAUGCCGGACUUCUCUAGCUUCAGAAACGUGGAUGACUGGCUGGAUGCUAUCAAGAUGGGCCAGUACAAGGACAACUUCGCCAAUGCUGACUUCACCAGCUUCGAUCUGGUCUCACAGAUGACAAUGGAGGACAUCCUCAGGGUUGGCGUGACUCUAGCCGGUCACCAAAAGAAGAUCCUCAACAGCGUGCAGAUGAUGAGGGCGCAAAUGAACCAGAUCCAGUCGGUGGAGGUUUGACCUCCAGGCCUGAUCCUGCACACGGAGGCAGGAUGGACAAGUGGACAGAUGGUGGUGGAUGUGUGCUGAGCCUGAUUUUUCCCUCUAGGCCACCAUGUUUUCCAAUGGAAUCUCCUCUGGUCCUCUCUUCCUAACCCUGCCCUCCAUGUUCUCCCCAUUCCCCUACAAACCUCCCAGCCAGCCGUUUGUGCUCACACU